AUGGAUCCAUUAGUCGAGGAAGUUCGGCACCUCGAUAUAAUGGCCCGAUCUGCAGGCAAAAACAUCGAUAUAAUACAGUCAAUAGUAAAUGGGCGGGAAGAUGCAUAUGAUUUUAUGGUUGCAAUUUUUCAAAAUGCAGAAGAGGAUUACACAUUAUUUGCUGGCGCACAUCUUUUGAAAGAAAUAAUCACUAAGAAAUGGGAUGACAUGAAUCAAAGUCAGCAAUUAGACCUUCGUUAUUACGUUCUUAAUCUAUUAGAAACGCUACCACCAGAAUUGAAUGUGUAUCAACAAAUAAAUGCUGAUCUCGUUCUCAUCGCAAUUAGAGAGGUCCCAGAAAAUUGGCCGAAUUUUUUGCAACAAAUUUUAUUGAGCGAACCUCCUAAAUUUAAACUUUUUGCCGACUUCAUUGCGGCUAUUAAAGAUAUUAAAAUAACACCAGAACAUCAUCAACAGAUUUCAGAAAUGAUUAAUCAAAAUAUACAAGAAAUUCUCCCGAUUAUCAUCAAUCAUUUUCCACGCGAUUCUUCAAAUGAAGCACUAGUUGAACUCGCACCAUAUUUGAACUGGGAAGUAUUAAUGGCAUCUAAUAUUCAGCAAAUCUACGAUCCGCCGAACCCUGAUGGCUUUCAAGCCUUGACAGAGCUUCUUCUCGUACAAGGUAUAGAUGAAGAUACUCUCAGAACGUUUUUUAUAGCUCUUUGUGAAGCAACAACAGAUAAUUACAAUUAUUUACUUCCUGUUAUACAGCAAUACCUAGAGGAACUCGAAAAUCCAGAUUCUAUAGAAACACUCACAUUAGUACAUAUGAAAUUACUCGUAGAAGACAUUGAAGACUUCGAAUAUUGGGAAUUUUUUAUUUUGACAAUUUACGAUGAUUUCAUGAAUGGUAAUCCAUCACGAUUCAGUAUACACGAGGAUGUCAUAAAUUCGCUUAUUACAAAGCUUCUUACAACGAUGCCGAAAAAUCCAGAAGUUAUUACGUUUGAAAAGCGAGCAAAUUACUCAAACUUAAAGCUGAGAUACGAGCAGACACGUGCCAUGUGUAUUUGUAUAAUAGAAAUGGCUCCUGCAGCUUUUGUUGCUCAAAUAACAGAUUUAUUCCAAAGUCAAGUAGAAAAUUUCAAUCCUUCUACAUUCUCCAGUCUAUGCUGGGCCACAUCAUGCGUAGCUUUCGAAGAAGUAAUCGAUACUGGCUUCGCAGCCGAAGUUUUCAAACUUGCCUUUGAUGCAGUGCAAACUACUGAAGAAUCAACGGAGUGUUUAGCUUGCCUACUCUACCUGACCCAAUCUUUCAUAAACAACCAAAAGUUUACCGGUGAAUGUUUCGAUAUUGCUGCACAUUGCGCUGUUGCAGCAUUGGGAAAAAGUGACAUCGAAAAUUUAACCGUUCAAGCUAUUCAUGCAUUAGCAUAUUCGAUGCCUGCUAUAUCCGAAAUGAUCGAUGCCGAAGAUUUUUUCCUUACAGAUGAAAAUGCAAUUCAAGCCGACAAUUUUUCAGUGGCUGCCGAUGCCAUUUUCCAUGUCAGCUCUCCAGAACUUAAAAGCAAGCUUGUUGAUACGCUUGUUGGCCGCAUAACAAAUGCUUUUGACCAAGAAUUAUCAUUUGGGUCAAUCCGAGAGCUGAAAUUCUGUGUUUACGCAUUAGCAGGUACCGCAAGAGCCGAUCCAUCAUAUGCCAUAAAAGUAUUGCCGAAUUUAUCCCAGAUUUUUACAAAUCUGAAUAAUAACUUCCUUGAAAGCAUAAUUAACCUGAUCCAAGAGAACAGCCAGAACGCAGCCCGCGAUGAUGUACGUCUUAUGCGUUCAUUUUUCUGUGCCGAAAUGAAUUUGUACAAAGAUACGAUUCCACAACUCGGAACAUCCCUUUUAGCGAUCUUUUCCCAACUCCCUCCUAACCUAAGGAUGCCAGACGCUCUUUCCCUCGCGAAAUCCAUUGUCAACGUUGACAAAUCUCUUAUUGUUCAAGUUCGAGAUCUUGUUCUUAACAUAAUAGAGAAUCUUGUUGGCGAAGGCACUCUCAGUCUCGAGUACGCAAACACUUUACCCGAGUUACUGCAAACAAUCGCAGAGAAAGACAUAAAUUUCAUUACUUCAGAAGAUAUCACUUCACUUGAGAUUCUUAUCUCCAAACAGAUCAACAAACAGUCACUUCUUGCUCUUACAUGCAUCAUUAACAAGUGGAGUCUCCAUCCAGACCGCCAGAACUUGAUGCGCGAGCACAUCGGAAAGAUUGUUGUUUGCGCAAUUUGCGCGGCAUGCGAACCAAGUCAUCGCGGUGCAUUCGCGGAAUUGUCACAGAUCGCGAGCUUUUUGAUACAGUACUCUGUUGCACAGGACUGCCCUGUUUCUCUCGUUGACGGCGUGAACAACGCUACAGCACUUGGUCAAGUUGUUGCUCAUGAGAUCUGCUCGAGGUUCCCUUGCAUCAGUGCAAACGAUCUUGAAGGUCUUUGCUCGAUGCUUAUCGAACAGGCUUCCAAUGAAACAUUCGAGCAAGUCGUUAUACAGAUUGCUUCUAAAGCAAAGAUGGCAACAGAACUUGAAACUGUCAGACACUUAAGAGUACUUCGUGUUAAAGCAAUGAUGGGAAUGGGAUUGUUUGAUUUAUAA